UCUAAGCAAAAUAGGAAUACAACAUUUUGGAUGGUAAAGUCUGAAGGGAGUGAUCCUGCCAAGUACAACCUAUCGCCAUGUUAUAAAUAAAGACACUUUUAAUACUGGGUCUAUCCCCUUUGGUGUAUGAAAGCCUAGGUUUGAUGAUGAUCUUUCAUCUCUGUUCCAUAGGCAGCCAGGUAUACCUCCACUGAUCUCUAUAGGCCCCGGAGAGUACUUUCCAGACAGCAACCAGGCAAACCCCCUAAAUUCACAUAAGAAGAAGGAAAAAUAGACCAGUGUUUAUUUCAACUGUGCCUAAAUUUCAAACAGAAAAACAAUUUCAUAGAACAAAUUUAAAGCCGAAUGCUAAAAUGAGUGGCCAGAAGACCUCUCAUGCUAAGAAGCAGCGAUAUAAAUCUCUAGUACAAAAGCCAAUUAAGCCAAUCUCAACACCCCCGCAAGACCUUGGUCCUGGGAAGUACAAUCCCAGUACAACGCUUAUAUACAAAACUUCGCCUGCUUUUUCCCUUAAAAAUCCUCGAACGCCUCAGAUCCACAAGCAAAAUUUACUAGCGAAGCCUACGAUCCAAGGCUUACAUGAGCCCCAGCCAGCACAGAUUUUGGGCGUGAAGGGACAGGACCGGCAAGCAAUCAAGUCAGUCGCCGAUAUCAUUUCCAUUGAGAAGUCUUUACUUAAGAAAAUGGCCCAAGGAGCCAAUGCUUCCUUCGUAUCAACAACAAAGCGAAUGGACUAUAGAUCCGAUGUACCAGGCCCAGGGGCAUAUGAAGUGAUCUCGAAGCAUAAGAAACUGAAAAAUCCAACUGAGAAAAAUUGUAGUUAUGAUUCUUUUGGGACUAAUGAGAAGAGAGCAGUUGAGUUUAAUAGAAAUAUCAAUUUUCCGUUUACAGAUCCUACUUUUGUGGAGAAUCCUCCUGUAGGACAAUAUGAUAAACACAAAAGUGUGAAGGUAAAAACAGGCUUCAAGAAUAAACCAAAAGUGCUAAGAAAGUAUAAACGUGCUAGGAAAAAGGUUAAAGGGUUCCCAGGUCCUGGAAGCUAUAAUGUUGAUUUUUUAAAUGAACUCCAAACAUUAGACUACCAACUAUCAGAUAGAUAUGGCAAAAAUCCUUUUGGUUCAAAUCUACCUCGAUUCAAUCAGACAAUUUCUAAAACUUUUGAUACAUCUAUAAGAGAUCAAUAUAUCAAUAACAUCCACUCAAUAAACAGACAAAAGGAGAAAAAGGCUGAAAUACUCCAAAAGUUUUUCAAAUAAACAACAGGAAUCAAAGCAAUCGUAUUUCUUUCAGUCAGAAACCCAAAGGUUUAUACCCCAGAAUGCUAAAACUCCUUCUGGAAAGCCUUCAAAUCCUCCAAAAUCUAAAAAGUUGAAGAUAUUAAAUUCUCUGCAGUCCGCUUUCAACCCUUCAGGUGUGAGACCAGUAAACUCUCCUUAUGCACUUACAUACAUCGUCAAAAGGCCUGGGUUCAACUCCCAUUCUCCUAGAUUUCAUUCUCCUAAGGAGUCGCCUGACCCGGGCCCGGGUCAUUACUCCCCAAAGGUGAACCAAAAUUAGGAGUUUGGAGGCACCCCAGUCUUGUAGCACAGUAGUUCAGCCAAGAAGAGGCUCAGGCCUCUUCUUGGCUAGAAGGGACUGGCUAAGUGUGUCCUUCCAAAACUCGGAUUCUAAUUUUCAAUCUUGAC